UGAAGGUCUGGGAGAUGUAAAGGGAUAUUUGGGGAAUCUUGAGGGUAUAUGGGUUUCAAGGUCUACAGCUUCCUGGGGAGUUGGAGGGGAUAUUUGGGAAUAUACCUCACUUAAGGAGGGAUAUAUGGAGCCAAAGUUAGUUGUAUAAGGGAUCUGUGGGGUCUGGGGUAGGUCUAUGGGGACCAGAGGGAGGGCAUAUUGUCUUACCUGGACAUUUGGGACACACCAGAGCCCCUGAAUGAGACUCUGCAGGAAGCUGUCAACACAAUCUGGACAAAGCUGAACCAACUGGGGAAAGGUAUGGGGCCACCCUGGGAGCCCCUGUCCUAGAGAAACUCCCAGGGACCCCAUCUGGGCUGGACAAGGGCUGAAUCCUGACCAGCUCAUUACAAGGAUGUGGGUCCCCACUGAUGCCCAGUCUAAAACUGCUUCCUCCCCACCAGUUCCAGACUGCAUCCCCCCCUGUGGAUUCCAGCCAGCUGCCCGUGUCUUCCAGUGUGCUACCUGCAGCCUCGUGGACUGUCAGUUUGCCCUGGACUGCCCAGCUGCGCACACAGGACAUGACACUGUUCAAGGAGCUGAAGGGGAAUCCAGAGAAGCCCUUCAGUCUGACCAUUGAGGAACCUGCUCCAGGAACUGUUGCCUGUCGCCUGGGGGAGCCUUCCAAGCCCGUUAUCCGCAAGUUCUUCUACCUCAACGUGUCAGAGGGAAGCGUGGAGGAAGAGAAAGGACUCCAGGCUGUGUUCAGCACUGUGCUGCAGGGGCUCCAUGACAAGACCCCCGUGCCCCACACACCAACCAUGGGGCUGGUUCUGGCUGUUGGCUCCAUGGCAUUCAUUCUGCUGCUGCUAGCCAUCUGGCAAUGCCUCUGUGUCCAUCAGACGUGCCACAGAUGUGGACAUCAGGAUACCCAAGAGGAUUCAGGAUCCUCAGAUUCACCGUAGGGGACUUUAGCACGUGGAUCCACCCCCCAGGACCAGCAUUUCUGCAAUUGCUUUUCUUGUGCUGGGAAUAGUUUUA